AUGGACGCUAGUAUUAUUGCAUCGUUCAAGCUUCAUUAUUGUCACCUAAAACUUCAGCAUGCAAUUGACUUGGAUGAGGCUGGUAAAAGAGAUAUUUAUAAGGUUGAUCAGUUGCAAAGCGAACAAGAGGUGCACCAGCAGUUUACUGAUGAAGACUUUGUUCAAGGUACUACAGAAAUAGAACAAGAGGAAGAAGAGAUGGUUGAUAAUGGUGGAGCAACAUUAAAGUCUCUUCGUAAAAUCCAAUCUCAUAUCCAUGAAGAGGUUCGAAGAAAACAAAAUAAAAAACAGAUUCAAUAUACACUGGAUCAUUUUUUUAAGCUAGUUAGUAGUAAUCUUGAAAAUUCACAAUUUUUGCUAUGUUUGUGA